AUGACCGACUUGUUGGCUCAUGUAGUAGAGCAUCAGGGUCAAAACCCUAGUCCCCAACCCGAAAACCCUGGGAACCCUGAUAAUUUUGUGGAAAGCGAGGAUAGGGUCCUCGAAAGGUUUCAGAAAUUUUUCCCACCAAAGUUUAAUGGCGGGCCAGAUCCGGAUGUGGCCGAAAGAUGGUUGGAAAAGAUGGUGGACAUUUUUGCUGCCCUGCACUACACGGAAGAGAGGCAGUGGGAAAGAGAACAAACACCAAAGACAUUGGUGAACUUCAUGAGGGAGUUCAACGCUAAGUUUUUCCCUCAUCUGAUUCAAGAACGAAAAGAAGAUGAGUUUAUUCGGCUCCACCAGGGGACCCAGACCGUACCCGAGUAUGAGAGCCAGUUCACUCGAUUGUCCAAAUUUGCCCCUGAAUUAAUUGUGACCAAACAACGGAGAAUAAGACGUUUCGUUCAGGGCCUGAAUGUGGAGAUUCAAAAGGACCUAGCUGUAGCCCCAAUUAAUACUUUUAGUGAGGCCGAGGAGAAGGCUCAACGAGUGGAAAGUGCCAGGCUACAAGUAAGGAACUUCCAAGAUAAGAAGCAAGGCUUUCCCGGUAGUAGUUCAGGGCAGGGGAAUAAAGGUACCCCUCCCAAGUUUGGAAGGGGGACCAGAGGAGGAAGGCAGCCAGGAAUGUGGAGAGGGGCCCGCCAAGGAACGGCCAAUUUGGGCUAG